CUCUCAUCAUCAUACACUAAAACCUCAUUUGGCUCGGAGACGAACAGAAAUGAAGGCUGUGUUUAUGGUUCUCCUGCUGGCUGGCGUGGGUCUGAUCCAUGCUGGACCUCUGCCUCCACAACCGCUCCUCCAGACUCAGGAGAACUUCGACCUGGACCGGUUCUUGGGGAAGUGGUAUGACGUCGCCUCGGCCUCCGACUGCCCCUGGAGGAGGAAAUACAAAGGAGUUGUUUCGAUCGGAUCUUUGGAGCUGCAGCGUAGCGACUCACCAAAAUCCCUAAAUAUGACCCGCAUCAUGUCUAGACAUGGUGUGUGUAAGAAGAUCAUUGGUAACUACGUGAAGACUGAAACUCCAGGAAGAUUCUACUACCACAGUGUCAAAUGGUCAGCUGAUGUGGACGCCUACGUGGUGCACACCAACUACGACGAGUACGCACUGGUGGUGAUGUUCAAACAGCAGCGUGGAGGAAACAAGACCACCUCAGUCAAACUGUACGGUCGUAAGAAGGAAUUGCGGCCCACGCUGGUGGAGGACUUUAAGACCCUGGUGGCUGAACAGGGAAUGAGUGCAGACACCAUCUCUAUUAGAGAGAACAAAGGAGAUUGUGUUCCAGGAGAACAAACAGCGACACAAACUGAGGUUCAGCCCAGGAUGAGAAGAUCGGAGGUGCUGCCUCCAUCUGAUGAAGGUUCUGCAGAUGAUGGGCCCAUCUUCAAAGGAGACGACUCCUGUAAAGGUGUUCCAGAUCCUGGUCCAUGUUUCGGGAUGCUCCAUCGCUACCACUACAACUCCUCCAUCAUGACGUGUCAGAGGUUUGAUUACGGAGGCUGUAUGGGCAACCAGAACAACUUCCUCACUGAGAAGGAGUGUCUGCAGACCUGCCGCACUGAGGCUGCCUGUCGCCUCCCCAUAGACGUCGGUUCGUGUAAAAUGUCGCUGCAGUUCUGGGCUUUUGACUCGAAGGAUGGAAAGUGUGUGUCCUUCAUCUACGGAGGUUGUGACGGCAACGGCAACCGCUUCUACUCACAGAAAGAGUGUGAGGAGUACUGCGGUGUGAGCAGAGAUGGUGAUGAAGAGUUCCUCAAGGUGAAUUAAAGCUGAGCAGAAAAACAUCAGGAAACACAACAGUAGCUGAGUAAUUUCUCUCUGCUUCACUGUAGAACUGAGAGAGAAAUUUUAAAAAGAUUUUUUAAAGAUAAAUUCUUCUGAAAUGUAGAAACAACUUUUAUGAAGAUUUUCUUGGAAAUAAAAAUAUUAAAUAUUAAAACUUUUCAGUUUCACUAAUGCUGUUUUACGCUUGACCUUCAUGGCUGUUAUUAACACGUACGAAAGGUGUUGCACGUGUUAAUACGCACUGGUGUGCGGAGAUUUUAAAUCAAUAAACAAACAAAAAACAUCUUAGAA